AUGUCGACCACCACCACCACCACCACCACCACCGCCGCCGCCUCCGCCACAACAAGAACCCUGACCUCAGCGUCAGACCCCAGCUACAUCCCCCGCGGCCCCAUCUCCGCCGAACUCUUGUUCUUCGAGCCCCCUGCCGACGGCUCCAUUCCUUACAACUACGUCGAAGAGCCUCCCCAGGGCCAACCACGCACCAACUUCGAGCGCAAAGCCCAUUCGGUCAGCAUCAACGACAUCCGCGGCCACGAAUCAGAGUUCAACCUCGACAAGGAUGCGUUUCAAGUCUAUAGCGGCGUGCAAUCGGCAACGACGUAUGAAACUUAUAACGACGACGAGGAGAUAAAACGUGUCUAUUACCCCGAGGUUGAGAAGCUGUUACUCGACGAAGUGGAAGGGGCGCAUAAAGUGAUUCUGUUUGAUCAUACGGUUCGUCGUCAGGACCCCAAUGCGCAUCGUCAGCCCGUCAACUCGGCGCAUUCAGAUCAGACCGACCGCGCGACGGAAUGGCGCGUGAGAUUGCACGUUGAGGACCCAGAGGAAGCCGAGAAGCUCCUCAAGGGUCGAUAUAGGAUUAUAAAUGUCUGGCGUCCCAUCAACGGCGCUGUUCAAGCCGCUCCGUUGGCGAUUGCGUCCGCCGCUUCGGGUAACCCUGAUAAGGAUCUGGCCCCGAUUGAGCAUCGCUACCCCACGAGGACGGGCGAGACCAUGGGCGUUGUGUACAAUCCCGAGAUUAGAUGGAAUUACUGGUCCGGCAUUGACAACGACGAAAGAAUCCUUUUGAAGUGUUCUGAUAUCAACCCGCCGGCUGGUAAGGAGGUGGGCGCGAGGUGUCCUCAUACAGCGUUUUUUGAUCCUAGAACGCCGGAGGGCGCCAAGCCCAGAGAGAGUAUCGAGGUUAGGGCUUUGGUUUUUGGUUGA